CGGAUACUGGAACAGAAAAGUGUUGAUGGAGAUCUGAAAAAGUGACAACAUGGAGACUGCAGAGAGCGUGUCAGCAAAUAUAAACACCUACAGGAACUGCACGAUAGAGAUCAACAACAUGAGCAACGUCUACAACCUCAUCAACCCACAUUUUUACACGUACAGUGGGUACUGCUGCCAUCCUCCUCAGCCCACAAUCAGCUCCAAGAAGACCGGGGUCUGCGCAUUCUCUAAAACUCCACACACUGCCUGUGGGUCCGUAGGUGUCAUGACCUAUAACCUCUUCCACAUGGAGAAACAGGUGUGCACUGAACGCAUUGCUAUUCUGUUCUCCGUUCCCUACAACUACAAUCAUUUUGUUAAUGUCUUUGGAGUCGGGGUGUUUGAUAUAACCUGUGAGUGCAAUCAUGGUCUGUACAACUACAUGUAUUACGGGAAAGAUUCCAGACAGUUUACCAGUGUGACUGCAGAUGUGUCUGGAAUUACCUUCAACGCACAGACGGUUGAAUUAAGAGCAACUAUGUCCAAUGUGGGCAAAGCUAUUAUUAAACUAGAGAUUGUAGACAUACCAGAUAUUAGCCCAGUGGUGGAGAUCAAGCAGCGUGGCGAAUGUUGCAGCAAGUUCUGUCCUUUCUGGUGCUAUCGUUACUGUUGUACCUGUAAUUGUUUGGACAAGUGAUCUAAUGUUGUUUACCCUAAUGCUGCAUUUACACCAACCGCGUUUCAGGCGUCAAAAUCGCGUCUACCGCGCCCAGUUUGCCACUUGAACAGUUUGAAUACAUUCGCGCCAGAUCCGCUUCUUGUGGAAGGGGCAAGUGCUAUGCGGUUGUCUGUUUGCAGGAUGGCUGAUGUUGAUGGUGCAUUUAUCGAGUUACCGGUUUGUAUUUAGUCACCUUACUAUAGGGGGCAAGUAAACGGCGAGGGUCGUCACAUGACUCAAAAGUGAAAUGCGUAUUACAACUUACCAGGUUGCCCAAUGUCCUCACUGACACUCUCCCAAGCGAGAUCUGUUUUAUUUCUGUCUCUAUAGAAAUAAGAACUUGUGUUGUAUAGCUCUGGGUGACUGCUCACGGACAAUAUCAAGCCUUCAUGCUCCGGGCAGGGCUGCCGCCACAGCAGCAAGUAGGCUCCUGAUUGGUUAACCCAGCGCAAAAAUCCGCCAAAGUUCAAAUUUGAAGCGAAUUAGGCAGAAUGAGUCUUUCGCGCCGUGCUAAACGCCUGACCCCUUGUUCAGACAGCCAGCGACGGUAUCGCUGUGUGUCGCCCGUCUCUUUCAAUGAGGCGUUUCUAAAGCCGCAUUCAGACAGCCAGCGAUGUUAUCACUGCUCAUCGCCUGCCGUUGGUGGUUGAUGUCGCUUGUGGGCAUUCCCACUUCUGGUUGCGUAGUAGUGUGACGUUACCCCAUGUUGUAAACAACAAAUCAGUGCUCCACUUACUUCACUCCCAUUGGUAGUCGCUCGUGAAACUCGCUGCUAAUUUGCAUAAAGUUAAACUUUUCUCAACUUUUGUCGCGCGACCCCGUCGCUAAUCGCGCCUACAUUCUGUCGCCAACGGUCACGUUCGCUCGUGUCGCCGGAAGUCGCCCAGUUUCCAUUGAAAUGAAUGAGAUCGCGUCGCUCUGCUACUGCUUGUCGUUGGCUGUCUGAAUGGGGUGUGAAUCUGCUUGUCAUAAACAAAUGAGUACCAUCCACGCCAGUUACUCACGAGAGAAGGAUGACGUGAACUUCACUGCUUUGUUCUCAUUGGUAGUCGCUCCCGAAAUUCGCUCGACAUUUGCAUAAAGUUAAACUUUUGUUAACUUUCUCGCAUCGCUGGACACGCCCAUAUGGUCACCAACGGUCACUUUCGCUCGUGUCGCCGGAAGUCGCCCAGUUUCCAUUGAAAUGAAUGAGAUCAUGUCGCUCUGCUACUGCUGGUCGCUGGCUGGCUAUCUGAAUGGGGUGUUGGCCCCCAGUCACGAGCUCGCCGCUGCGCGAGCAAGGUGGGGCCAAAAUAGACAAGCAGGCUAUUUUAUGCAAAUGCUGAGUGAUGCGACAAAGCGACUGCCAAUCGGAGUGAAGGAGCAGCGUGACGUAGGUCUGUGGCUGAGUCGGAGAAAAUAAUUCAAGAUGGCGGAAAAUGCAUAUUUCUGUAUAUAUCUGAUAAGUUUGGCAUUUUAUCUCAUAUAUUUUGUUACUUUUAUCGAGAAAUAAAUACUUUUAAAUCCAAAAACACCGUUCUUGUAACUUAACAAUACCUCUAAAGUGACUUUUGAUACCUCUAUUAUAUACUAGCCAUGAACGCCCAUCAAGCGAGUGCGUGUCUCUCUGUGUCACUCACUUUUGUAGCUAAUGUGACUGUAGGGUCAGCCGGGCCGCGGGACCUCCAGACGAGCGUCAACACAUUGACUUAACAUUGAAAUCACUCACGCUUGCAGACUCUACCGCGUCUGGUGUAAACGCAGCAUAAUGGUAACAAAAUAAUUUCUUUUUAUUCCGCCUGAAUUCAUAUGCAAAAAAUCUCAUUGAAAAGCAUGCAAUUUAUGAGGUUAUGACUGUAAAAUCUAGAUAAAAGGUAAAAUACAUUCAUGCAUUUGGCAGACACUUCAGACAUAUCCAAAGCAACUUACAGUGCAUUACAAGAUAUACAUUUAUCAGUAUGUGUGUUCCCUGGCUUCAAACUCAAAACAUUUUUGUCCUGUUAAUGCAAUGCUCUACCACUGAGCUAUCACAAAAUAUUUGAAGCAGAGGCAUCUUGAAUCACCUACAAGGCACAGAGAGUUGAAUUGAGAGCAACUAUGUCAAAUUUGGGCAAAGUUAAACUAGAGAUCCAUGACAAGCUGUGCUAGAAAUGUAACAAAAAUUGCUUAGCCUAACAAAAUCAUUCUUUUUUAUUCCACCUGAAUUCAUGUGCAUGCAGUUGUGAUUCACUAACCUGUAUGAUGUUAUGACUGUUAAAUGUAAUAGAGAGGCAAAAUAGUUGAAAUUUACUGAAUCCUGUCUUGUAUACUGGAUCUUUUUACCAUUUUUUCAAUAUUUUUACUAUGUUCUUACCUCAACUUAGAUGAAUUAAUACAUACUUAAAAAAAUCGCCACAUUUUAUUUUGUGCCACCAUACUUGCUCGUGUAACUCGUGUAACAAUCUAACAAUCUUUAAACA